AUGUUGCUGCGACUUCGGGGCCCCGACGGCAUGGCUCGUCUAACUGUCGAGCCAACAACUACCUUUGGAGAUUUGGGAAAGCUGCUACUCGAUCAACUUCCCAAAACCGUCGACCCCAAGACUAUAGCUUUGUCCAACGCACCAAACGGAGGUGAUUCGAAGCGGCUAGGCGAUAUCAUCAACUUCAAAGUUGGUCAGAUUGGCCUCAAGCACGGCGAUCUCAUCUUUCUCACCUACCAACAUGCCGAUGCCGCCGCCGAUGACGAAACUCCCGAGACAUCAAACACUUCUGCCAGGCUCAACGGAAAGCCAGUACUUCCAGUCGAAGACCUACCUAUUAACCCCAAGCCCGAGAGAAUCUCUAGACCGUGGGAAGUGGUACGCCAGUCAGCUUUGGACGAUCGAUUAGACCGACAGAAUGGCAAAAUUCCUCGAGGAAUUGAUCGCAUGUGCCGCCAUGGCCCCAAGGGCAUGUGCGACUACUGCCAACCCCUCGAUCCUUUUGAUGCUGGAUACCUAGCAGAAAAGAAGAUCAAGUACCUAUCCUUUCAUUCGUACCUACGAAAAAUCAAUGCUGCUACGAACAAGCCUGAACUCGGAGCUUCAUACAUUCCUCCUCUGGUCGAGCCCUUCUAUCGAGUAAGGCAUGAUUGCCCCUCAGGUCAUCCCGCAUGGCCUGAGGGUAUCUGCACAAAGUGUCAACCCAGUGCGAUUACUCUGCAACCCCAGCAAUUCCGAAUGGUCGACCACGUCGAGUUCUCCUCGCCUUCCAUCAUCGACACCUUCAUCGAUACUUGGCGCAAGACUGGGGCCCAGCGUCUAGGUUAUCUUUACGGAAAAUAUGUCGAAUACACCGAAGUCCCUCUCGGAGUCAAGGCUAUUGUCGAGGCAAUAUACGAACCUCCCCAAGUUGAUGAGCUUGACGGCAUCACCAUGAACGCAUGGGAGUCUCAGAAGGAGAUCGACAAUGUAGCUAAGCAGUGUGGUCUCGAGCCGGUAGGCGUCAUCUGGACUGAUUUGCUUGAUUCUGGCAACGGAGAUGGCUCUGUGGUCUGUAAGCGUCAUGCCGACUCUUAUUUCUUGUCUUCUCUCGAAAUCUGCUUUUCCUCGCGAUUGCAAGCUCAGUAUCCUAAGGCUUCCAAGUGGAGUGAUACCGGUAACUUUGGUUCAAACUUUGUAACAUGCAUCAUCACUGGUAAUGAGGAUGGUGAAAUAUCCAUCUCAUCCUACCAGAUGUCAAACGAGUCUGUCGAAAUGGUUCGUGCAGACAUUGUCGAGCCAUCCGCUGACCCCAACGUCAUGCUUGUACGAGAUGAGGAGGAAGAUGACGGGUCAGUCAGCCGCACACGAUACAUCCCAGAAGUCUUCUAUCGAAGAGUUAACGAGUAUGGUGCCAAUGUUCAAGAGAACGCGAAGCCAUCUUUCCCUGUCGAAUACCUGUUCGUCACACUAACCCACGGUUUCCCUGCCGAUCCCAAGCCUAUGUUCACCCAGCAGGGUUUCCCUAUCGAGAAUCGAGAAUAUGUCGGAGAGAGCCAAGAACACUCUGCUCUGUCCAAAUUUGUCAAGCUAUCACCCAAUCAGAAACCUACUGGACAAGAAGUGUCCAACUUUCACCUUCUCUGCUUCAUUCAGCAGAUGGGUGUCCUUUCAAAGGACGAAGAAGCCUUGCUCUGUCGUGUAGCAAGCCAGCAUGAUCUUGCUGAUACAUUCCAGCUUCAUUCUACUGAGGGCUGGCAGACCCUCCAGGCUAUCCUUCAAUCGACUGGUGAGAGAAUCCCCAAACGUCAGCGGGAGGACGGUGAUGUUUCCUCGCCCUCCUCAUCCUCUUCUUUCCAAGAUCCCAUUCGCGACUCGGGUGAACCCCUUGCUAAGCGAUUUGCUGCCUUCAGGCUAAACGAACGUAUGACCAAAUCCGACAAUCCGACACCGCCCUAG